AUGCUGAAGCGGCCAAUAACGCGCAUCGUUAUACCGCAUCGCAUACCUGCAGGUGCCCGCACGACCGUCGUGUCGUUCGACAGCUAUGCGCCUGGCGCAGGCAACGCGGGGAGUGUAGAUGAGGAGGGGAGUGUGGAGGAGGAGGGGAGUGUGGUGAAGGGGAGUGUGGUGGAGGGGAGUGUGGUGGAGGGGAGUGUGGUAGAGGAAGGGAAUGUGGGCAAUGGUGCAGUUUCUGAGACGUGUGCUGCUUUCAGUCCUGACACGUGGAAGGCCAGUCGUGGCACAGCACUCGCAGCACUCACUGGAGCCCUUGCAUGUGCUAGUCAGGGGGGCGGUGACGGCGCUGCUGCUGCUGUGUGUGCAAAUGCAGCAGAGGCAGCAGCAGCAGCCCCGCCAGCAGCAGCAGCAGGGGAGCCAAGGGUACCAACGCACGUGGUGGUUGCUGAUGACACCAUGCAUCUGCGCUCCAUGCGCCUGCACCUGCUGCGACUCGCUUACUCAUAUGGUGCCACGUGUCUCAUCCUCCACGUCACCACGCCCCUGGACCAAGAAGUGGAGGGAAGUACUGACACGGGGGUACCUGUGGUGACAGUGGCCGUGGGAGGAUGUGCUGCGGACACGGUGGGAGCAGGGGAGGGUCAGGGGCGAGAGCAGGGGGAAGAGCGAGAGGGAGGCGAUGUUGCUGCUGCUGCUGAUUCGGUGGUGCUGUGCUCAUCGAGGCGGGGCGCAUGGGAGGCGGGACGGUGUGUGGCGGUGGACUUGGGUGGCGUGGCUUUGAAAGAGGUGGAGGGAGUGAGUGCAAGGGCCCUUGAAGCCCUCUUCUCCCUCUGGCGCCGCUCCCUUCCCACUGCUAUCACCCACGCCGCCCACAGCAGCGGCACCACCAGCACCAGCACCAGCACCAGCACCACCAGGAGCAGUGCCACCAAUGCAAGCAGCAGUGCAGUGCAUGCGUUUGACCUGCGGCUGAGGAAGAUUCUCUCACACGCCUCGAGGCAAUCCCCAGGUUCGGCAGGUGAGUCAAGGUCCCCAGUGUGCGAGUCGCGCGAUACCUGUGCCGUGUGGCCUCGAGAUCUCCUAAUCGCGCCCCACCACCCAUCACACGCAGCACCACCUAGAGAUCUCCUCGUCACCCCCACUACCCCCUCCACGCUCGGGUUCCACGUCCCUCCCUCACCACCCUUCGUCCGAGUUUCUGUCUUUCCGAUCCAGUUCCAUAGCGUGCCUCUCCCCUUCCGUUUUUUUAGGUCUCCCUGUCCCGGUGAGUCCGGCGACGAGUGCGACGAGUGCGACGGUUGCGACGCGUGCGACGGCAGCAUGGCGUCUGAGGAGGGGCACACGGUGUAUCUGGGCGGGCUGCCCUUCGACAGCGACGAGGGGGCCAUCAAGAAGGUUUUCGAAGAGUUCGGCGAAGUCCUCUCCGCCAAGGUGAUAUACGACAGGGAGACGGGCAAAGCGAGGGGGUUCGGCUUCGUCACCUUCGCAUCGCCCAAGGCAGCUCAGGAUGCCAUCAAGGCCAUGGACGGCGAGAUAGUGGAUGGGCGGCCAAUCAAGGUGUCGGAGGUGCGCAGGCGGGGAGACGGGGGGUUCUUCCGCCAGUCCUCCUUCGAGCGAGACCGCGACCGGCCCCGAGGUGUUGCUCGCCGCCCCUCCAUGUCCCCACCUCGCCGCUCCCGCUCCCCGCCGUCUCGCGUCCGCUGGGGCGAGUCUCUGGAGGCGCUGCGGGCGGCAGUGGAGCGAGCGAGGCGGGAGAAGCAGAGUGUGGCUGCGCAGAUGCAGCAGCUGGAGCAGGCGCUACAGAGGGCCACAGCCACGGAAGUGAGCCUCAAGGAGCGAAUUAAGUACAUUCCCACGGCUUCCACUACUCCUGACACUCGCACCAUUAUCAGCACUUACGUGACUCCAUACUCUCCCACCAUGCCACCACUCGUGAUGCUCGAAACAUGGUCCCCGCACUGCAACCAUGAACAGGUGCUGGAGGCGGCCAAGAAGCAGGUGGCUGCUGGGUACGAGGAGAAGCUGGCGCUUCAUAGCAAGGUGGGCGCUUUAAAAAAACUGGAGAGGAGUUGGGUGAGAGGGGGGAACAGGGGCAGGCGUUUUGAUGGGGAGAGGAAGGAUGGCUCUGCACAGCAAGUUGGGCAUGUGUUAAUAUCGAGGGGGUAG